GGACUCUCUGAGUGGCGACCUUCAGGGAAAAUACUACGCCUUGAAGAACAUGACUGAGGAGGAGCAGCAGCAGCUCAUCAAUGACCACUUGCUGUUUGACAAGCCAGUGUCCCCUCUCCUGCUGGCCUCAGGGAUGGCCCGGGACUGGCCUGACGGCAGAGGCAUCUGGCACAAUGACAGCAAGACAUUCUUGGUGUGGGUGAACGAGGAGGACCAUUUGCGAGUCAUCUCCAUGCAGAAAGACAGCAACUUGAAGGAAGUGUUCACUCGCUUCUGCAGCGGACUCAAAGAGAUCGAGUCCUCCAUCAAGCAGAAAGGUGAAGCGUUUAUGCGGAACGAGCACCUUGGCUACAUCCUGACGUGCCCGUCCAACCUGGGCACUGGUCUACGUGCUGGCGUACAUGUGAAGCUAGCAAACAUGAGCAAGCAUCCUGAGUUUGAGGAGGUUCUUCGACGGUUGAGACUCCAGAAACGUGGAACUGGUGGUGUGGAUACAGAUGCUGCGGAUGGGGUCUUUGACAUCUCCAAUGCAGACAGGCUCGGUUUCUCUGAAGUGCAGCUGGUCCAGAUAGUGGUGGAUGGCAUCAAGCUGCUCGUGGAAAUGGAGAAGAGGCUCGAGAAGGAGGAGCCCAUCGAUGAGCUAAUGCCAGCUGACCUUCAGAUGACUGUCUUUUCUUCAAAGGAUGAGUUCCCAGAUCUCAGUCUGCACAACAACCACAUUGCCAAGUUCUUAACCCUUGAAAUGUACAAGACGCUGAGGCAACGUUGCACCCCCAACGGCUUCACCAUAGACGACGUCAUUCAGACAGGCGUGGAUAAUCCAGGUCACCCCUUCAUCAAGACGGUGGGCUGCGUGGCCGGAGACGAGGAGUCGUACAGCGUCUUCAGAGGCUUGAUGGACCUUGUGAUUCAAGACAGACAUGGAGGAUACAAACCAACAGACAUGCAUAAGACUGACCUCAAUCCGGACCACCUGAGGGUAAAGUGAACCGGAGAUUGACGUUUCAUUUGGAUUGCAACAAACCUUAGUCUGCUCUCGCCUCGCCAGGGGGGCAAAGACCUCGACCCCAAAUAUGUUCUGAGCUGCCGGGUCCGAACAGGCCGCAGCGUCCGUGGCUUCUGCCUGCCGCCGCUCUGCAGCCGUGGAGAAAGACGCGCUCUGGAGAAGCUUUUCAUUGGAGCUCUAGACACGCUCACUGGAGAAUUUCAAGGGAAAUACUACGCCUUGAAGAGCAUGACUGAGGAGGAGCAGCAGCAGCUCAUCAAUGACCACUUCCUGUUUGACAAGCCAGUGUCUCCCCUGCUGGUUGCCUCCGGGAUGGCCCGGGACUGGCCUGACGGCAGAGGCAUCUGGCACAAGGACGACAAAACCUUCCUGGUGUGGGUGAACGAGGAAGACCAUCUGCGAGUGAUUUCCAUGGAGAAGGGUGGCAACAUGAAGGACGUGUUCACUCGCUUUUGCACCGGACUCCGAGAGCUCGAGGCUGUGAUCAAGGAGAAAGGUGAGGCGUUCAUGUGGAAUGAUCACCUUGGCUACAUCUUGACCUGCCCUUCCAACCUGGGCACCGGUCUGCGUGCCGGUGUGCACGUAAAGCUUCCAAACUUGAGCAAUCACCCCAAGUUUGAGGAGAUUCUCAAGAAGCUGAGGCUCCAAAAACGUGGAACAGGUGGUGUGGACACAGCUGCGGUGGGUGGAGUCUUUGACAUCUCAAACGCCGACAGACUGGGCUUCUCGGAGGUGCAGCUUGUCCAAAUUGUGAUCGAUGGCGUUAAGUUGCUGGUGGAGAUGGAGAAGAAGCUGGAAAAGGGUGGCUCCAUCAACAACCUGAUGCCUGGCAAACUGCGCUUGAAGAAGCAUUCGCCCGAGAAGGACUUCCCAGAUCUCACCAUGCACAACAACUACAUGGCCAAGUUCUUAACACUGGACCUGUACAAAACACUGAGUGAGCGGAAAACUCCUUAUGGCUUCACCAUCGACCGGGUCAUCCAGACAGGUGUAGAUAAUCCAGGUAACCCGUUCGGUAUGACUAUGGGCUGUGUGGCCGGUGAUGAGGAGUCCUACGAGGUUUUCAAAGAACUCUUUGACCUUGUCAUUGAGGAGAAACAUGGUUACAAGACAACAGACAUGCACAAGAGUGAUUUCAACCCAGACAGCCUUGCGGUACAGUACAGUCCAGUUCUUUUCCAAUGGCUUGUCCACGGAAGUGCGGAUUGGUGUCUUUUACCUACUUCUAAGGGGGGCGACGACCUCGACCCCAACUACGUUCUGAUUUCCCGCGUCCGAGCCAGUCGCAACAUUCGCACCUUCUGCUUGCCGCCGCAUUGCACUCGUGGAGAAAGACGUCUUCUCAGGCAGCUCUUCACCGAAGUUCUCGGAUCGCUGAGCGGAGACCUGACGGGCAGCUACGUGCCAUUGAAGACCCUUUCAGAAGAUGAGCAGCAGCAAAUGAUAGAUCAGCACUUGCUGUUUCCCAAACCGGUGUGUCCUCAGCUGGUUGCCUCGGGGAUGACCCGCGACUGGCCUGACGGCAGAGGCGUCUGGCACAAUGACGCUGAUACCUUCUUGGUGUGGGUGAACGAAGAGGAGCAUCUCAAAGUGAUUUCCGUUGAGAAAGGUGGCAACAUGAAGGCGGCGUUUAGUCGCUUCUGCAGGGGAAUCCAAGAGUUUGAGACCAAACUCAAGGAGAAAGAGCUUGGAUUCAUGUGGAAUGACCACUUGGGCUUCAUCUCGUCCUGCCCAUCCAACCUGGGCACUAGUCUCCGUGCCGGUGUGAUUGUCAAGCUGCCAAACCUGAACAAACGCCCUGAGUUUGAAGAAGUUCUUAAGCGGCUGAGGCUUGAGAAACGUGCAACUGGCGGGGCAAACACCGAGGCAGAUAAUGGAAUCUUUGACAUCUCCAACACUGACAGAAUGGGUUUCACUGAGGUGCAGCUCGUGCAGAUGGUAGUUGACGGCGUAAAGGUUCUGGUAGAGAUGGAGAAGAGGCUUGAGAUGGAAGAAAGUAUUGAUGACUUGAUGCCCAUCCAGAAGUAGAAGCACUGACAAGCAA